GCCGGCUAGUCAUGUGAUAAAUAACCUUCAGCAGGACGGCGUUUCUCAAAAAGCCAUGGCCUCAAAGGAUUCUGAGCAGGUGAACCUUGCCGAUGCUCAAAAGCUGUGGAAUGCAUUGCGAGGUAUUCCAGGUCUCAGCGAUGGGGACGCAUUCAUCCAUUUCCUGCGCAUUUUGCACUUGGGGAUGUUGGUUCGCCAGGCUCCUAUUGAGCAUGCAAAGCAGGGGCAAGUGAGCGAUGUGCUGUGCUGUGGAGUCACGGAACAAGGAACAAGAGUUGUGGGUGCUAACGUUCGUUUGAGGAUGGACAUGGCAGGGGGUAGACCAAAUCCAGUAAGCAUCAAGGAUGUGGAGAAGAGGCUGGGAGUUCAAGUCUCAGCUUUUGAUGAUGACACCCAUUCCAGGCUCCACUUGGCACUUCUGGACGAGGAUAAAGAGGCCAAGCCCAGUAAGGGCCGCGACUUCGAGAACUGUGCGGAGCAUGCUGUGUUCGAGAAGCUGGCACGAGUGAAUGAGUCGGCUGAUACAACUUACGCCGUGCAGAAGCACCAGAAGAAGAAAGGCGAAUCUAAAGUCGUGUGCGUCAAACGAUGUGUAAACUGUCUCAAAGCUGGAGGUGCAAGUAGUAGCAGUGGAGGACCUUUCGGACAGACUCCACGUCUGGGAGCCAUAGUGACGGACCAUGACAGCAUCGCUGGCUUAAGUGUUCCCAUCAACACCAUGCCCGUGAUGGUGUUUAUCAGGUCUGUGUUUCGCGCUUUGAGGGAGAGGGAGAGUGAGCGUGCCCGUGUACUCGGGCUGUUCCCGUACCUCCAAGUUUGGCACGACCUCAGCAUGAGCCAGGCUACACCAUGUGCAAUCGAUGGAUCUGAUGAACCUCCGCGCCCAAAACCAAAACACUAAUUGCGUAUAUGGUGUGGUAUUAAUUCCAUAAGGAAACGUGUGAAGUUAAUAAGUAUAUAAGCUGUCCUAGAUAAAUUUCCUUGAUUAUUCCUUGGUCACGCUCUCUCCAAAAAAUCAAAUCAUCAAAACGAACCUGGAAA